AUGGCCCAGGAAGAUUACCAUGAUCCAGCCUUGAGAACUGCUCUUGCAGAAUCGAUGCGAGAUCAAAGGACACCUCAGACCGAUUUCGUUGAUCUGACAGGCGACUCCGAUGAUGACUCAAAGUCUCAUACUACACCAGAAGCAAACAUCAUCGAUCUUGAGGAUGAGGAGGGUGAUGAAGAUCUCAGACGAGCUAUUGCUCUGUCUAUGCAGGAGAUCCAGAAUUCUUCCCCUUCGCUUGAUGCCACAGGCAAGACAGUAACCGACGAUAUCACCACCAACAACGUCAAGCCUACUCAUACCUCGCCUACGGUAGAACUUCAAACUGAGACAAUACCACCUCCAACUGCCAUCUUUGGUAUUCCAGGACUAGAUCGCAAGAAACUAGAAGAAGAACGGCUUGCGCGUGUUGCCAAGCGAAAAGCAGAAAGUAGCAUCUCACCACCACCUCUCAGACGUGAUGCAAAAGUUGCUAGACGCGAUGUCUCUCCAGUUCAGGAUAGUAAAUUUGAAUUGACAAAGAGCCCCUCAACCACUGCAGCGCAAGCACUAGCAAGGCCGAAAAAACCUACAGCAUCAAGGGCUUCCACUCCAGAGUCCAAAUCUUCAAAGACUGCACAGCCAUCUUCAACUCCAUCGCCACAGUUCCCAAAAGGAGUGGUCAAGAAGACCUGGGCAUUUGGUUACUCGAGAAACGGCGACGAUAUCAAGAUCGAAGAAGUCCUGCAAACUGCCGACCUAGAACUUGCUCUUCUGAGCGCCUUCCAGUGGGACAUGCAAUGGAUGUUCACCAAGUUUCGAACGCCGAACAAAACGAGAUUUUUGAUGGUGAUGCAGGCCAAGGAGGAAUCUACCAGAUUACAAUAUCAAGAGGAAACGGCCAAUAUGCCCAACAUUCGUUUAUGCUUUCCGCCUAUGGAUGGACAGGUUAACUGCAUGCAUUCGAAGCUCAUGCUACUGUUUCAUCCAGAAUAUUUGAGGAUUGUCGUUCCAAGUGCGAACAUGGUGCCGUACGACUGGGGUGAACAGGGCGGAGUCAUGGAAAAUACUGUGUUUUUGAUUGACCUACCCAAAAAGUCCACUAACGAUGCUGCCGAUUCCCCAAAAACCGCUUUUUACGAAGAGCUUUCUUAUUUCCUCAAAGCAAGCACACUGCAUGAGAAUAUCAUAGCGAAGUUGUCCGCUUUUGAUUUCAAAGAGACAAACCGUUACGCCUUUGUUCAUACCAUUGGAGGCUCCCAUUUUGGUGAAUCUCUGACACGCACAGGUCAUUGUGGACUUGGCAAAGCUGUAACCUCCUUGGGAUUGAAGACACGUGAACCGAUCAAUAUCGAUUUUGUGACCUCAUCCAUCGGCUCGUUGACAGAUGAAUUCAUGCGAUCGAUUUACCUUUCAGCGCAAGGUGGCGACGGCUCAACGAAUGCCCAACGAACCACAAGCUCAGAAUGGAAAUCUCGUUUCCGAGUCUACUAUCCAUCUGAACAAACAGUAUCGCAAUCAAAGGGCAGCAGACGAAGUGCAGGCACCAUCUGUUUUCAGGAGAAAUGGUUCACGGGACCCAAAUUUCCUAGGAAUACUCUACAUGAUUGCAUUAGUCGUCGAGAGGGGUUGUUGAUGCAUAACAAGAUGAUGUUUGUUCGUCCCGAGAAACCGAUUAAUCUACCCGGUGGCUCCAACUGUGCAGGCUGGGCAUACGUGGGUAGCGCAAACCUGUCGGAGAGCGCAUGGGGCAAAGUCGUCCACGACCGUGUCAGAAAAGAACCAAAACUGAAUUGUCGUAAUUGGGAAUGCGGUGUAUUGGUACCAAUUACAGAAUUACCUCCUGCAGCUGGUUCGGAUGGAGAAGAACAGAACAAAGAUUCUGCAAAGAAGGAGGAUAAGUCUGGGGCAGAAGGAGAUAUUGUUGAGAUCUUUGGGUCUACGGUUCCGGUUCCGAUGCGUGUUCCUGCGCCGUCUCUUGGGUCAGAGUUGAAACCCUGGUAUGGCGCGUGGUAG